AUGGUGCACAACACAACCUUACUGCUGCGCACACGCUACCUCGACUGCGAUGACGCGAUGUUUGGCCAGGGUGGAGACGCGUUGGGCCCGUUCCUCGACAAGCACGCAUCAGGGGAGUUCCGCGAGGUCCUCGUUGCUGACACUGCUUCCGACGGCACAUCGGUCAGCCAUCGAUACCGACUGCACGAGGAGAAAAUCAAGGGGCAGACGAGUGGUGUGGACCACCAAGCGUGUUUGGGGCUGGCGCGCGAGUUCAUCACGACCCUGGUCGGUCGGCUCGACUACCGCCUCAAGGAUCUGUCACACCUCGACGGGGCGAAGCUGUUCAAGCAGGGAUCCUAUCCCAAGAACCAGGCAAAGCGUGAGCGACGGCUAGGCCAAUGGCUCCAGUCUCUGCGCAACAUGUUCAAGCGGAAGCCAGAAGACCCUGAUACUAUACCAGGCAUCAACUGGGCGAGAGCGCAGCGGGAGCUCGUCACCUUCUCUACAAUCCUGGCCACGCACCAAGAGGAUGUCGGGUUUGCGGACAGCCUGAAGCUCAUGCUGUCCUCCCCCGACUAG